CACUCACCUCACCCUUCUCCAUCCUCUCCACCAGCUGCUGGUCAGCACCCACCUCAUCCUCAACAGAGCUCCCCGAGGCCCCAAAGACACUUGCACCCCCCACCUCUUGACGAGGAUACUCUCUCUACCCUCUCUCCCUGUUCACCUCUACCUCCUCGCCACCAUGCUCUUCCUCCUCCUCUCCUCCCUUCCCUCCGUGCAGGCCACGGCUGCUGGACGCUGGGGCCACCAGGCUGUGUUCGUCCCCUCCCAGAACUCGAUCUACGUCGUCGGCGGCGAGGUCGCGGGAACUGGCACUCAGAUCACCAAUGAUGUGCUCGUCCUCCCUCUCAACUCGUCAUCGCCGUCCUGGAACUUGGGACCCAACACCGGCCUCCCCGCCCAUGCGUUUGCGUCGAUGGCCCUGUCGCGUGACGGUUCCAACCUUGUCGUGACGGGCGGUGUCACUUCGUCCUGCGGCAACGACGCCACCACCCACUCCCUUUCUCUUGGCGCUUCGGCUUGGACCUCAGCCUCUCCCUCGAGCUUCAUCCGCCGCCGUGGCACUGGUGCCUUCAGCGUCGACGACGGCUCGGCCCAGGGCGAGGUUGUCGUUGUCGGUGGCAUUGUUGAUAACACUGUGUGCUCGUCUUCCACCGCCGCCUACACUGCCUCGGAUGUCCUCAAGGUCCCCAUGUCGUCCUCGGCCCCCGUCUCGAGCCAGAAGCUCCCCUCGGGCCUCACUGGCUCGUCGCUCGCUGUCUCGGACUUUGCCCUCGCUCAAGCCAACAGCACCGUCUACCUCGCUGGCGGUCGCGCUGCCGACGGAUCCUUCGUCACCCUCGACACCAUCGGUGUUUGGACUGCUUCGGGAGGCUGGACCUCGCAGAAGGUUUCGGGUUCCAUCCCCGUUGGCCGCGUCGGUGCUUCGCUUGUUGCCCACCCCAAGCAGCCCUACCUCGUCCUCUACGGUGGUUCCGAGGCCAACACCAACGGCAUGACUUACGCUCCCUCGACCAUGCUGGCCGUGCUCGACACGAAGAGCUGGCAGUGGUCGCAGCCGUCCGCCAUCCAGGCAGCCCCUAGCAAUGCGGUUUCGUACCACUCGUCGGUCAUGACUCCGCAGGGUGUCAUGGUCACCGCCUUCGGCCUCGGUCCCCAGGGCACUCCCGUGACCAGUAGCAACUUCCUCGACAUGCGCGACUCGUCUGUCAACAACUGGAAGUGGGAGUCUUCGUGGUCCAAGGAGAUGCUGCAGCCCGUCGCCUCGCACAAGAGCAGCAACAAGAAGACUGUUACUGCGGCUGUCGUCCCCACCGUCAUCCUGCUCGCGAUCAUCAUCCCUCUUGUGGUCUACUUCUCCCGCCGCUACAUUCGCAACGCCCGCAAGCGCCGUCACGCGAACCACUUCUCGUUCGAGGCCCAGGAGGACAACGGCGACUUCUCACGCCCUGUUGCUUCUCGGGAUGUUUACCCCUUCGGCAACUACAAUGACAAGGACGAGGGCUUCCUCUCCAACGUCAAGUCGAAGGUCACUGGUCUCUUCCGCCGCAACUCGGCCCGCUCUGGCCGCCCUCACGGCAUUGGUGACGACGGAACCAUUACGGAGCGGGAGAUGUCCCCUAUCAACCCUGACCAGCUCAAUGAGAAGGGUAACUGGGAGGAAGUCGACUUUGGACUUGGCCGUAUCGACGAGGAGCGCCGUGAGGCCACCUACACCGACCUGCCCCAGCGUCGCAAGACGCCUCGCGCCUCGCUUCCCAACCGCAACAGCUUCAGCUCUGAGGGCGAGCACGUCGUCGGCUCGGUUCCCUUCCCAAUGCCGAUUGCCUCGACUUACAGCUACGCCGACGAUCUCGAGAGCGCCCCUACCGGCCAGCUCAUCGACAUUGACUCGAGCCCUCGCGUCGGCAGCCCCAAGGGUGACGGCCAGGUGCUUCUGAUGUCUCCCACGAUCGAGGAGCCUAAGAGCACUCUUGCCGCCGCUGGUGCAGACGCGGCCGACUGGAACAUGCUUGAGAAGUCUCUGACCGAGAAGCCCGCCUUCCGUUCCAUCAGCCCCACUGCCACCCUCCGCUCGCACGCCCACCAGUCUCCCUUUGACGACUCGCACGCCGUCCCCGUCUCUCCUGUCAUGUCCCAGUCGUCUGAGGCCUCAACCGCUCCCAGCAUUCCUCCUCUCGACUUCAACUCGUCGCCCAUGAUGUCCAAGCAGGCUUCGCUUUCCACUGCUGCCAAGCGUGUGUCGGCUCCGACUAUGCGCUCCGUUUCCGGUGGCUCCCCUGCCGUCCGCACCCUUGCCGGUGGCAACCGCGUCGUUUCGCAGGGCGAGUCGAAGGACCUUUCGUCCAAGCACGUUCGUCGCUCGUCGAUGAACGCUCUGGGUCUCCAGAACCACAACCGCCUGUCCAAGCUGCGCGUGGUCAACCCCAGUGACGAAGAGUAAAGAGAACGAGAAAGCGGCUAGACGAUUACAGUUUGUCAUACAUAAACCCCCCUCAUCCUUAGUGACUUGCCCGCUCGCUGGUCGAACGGGUAGAACCCUCCCCCAUGCCCCCCCUUGUCCGCUCUCCGAUAGGUAUAGUAUCAAUUUUCUGCGAAAAGUCGACUAUAAGUAUUGUGUUUGAGAGAACUGCGGAUAAGGACAAUAUGCAUAGCUCUGUUGCCACACG